AUAGGAAUAUUAAUAGGAAUUAUUAUAUUAUUGUUGUUGAAUUUUUGGUUGAAGUGAGAGUUGCGUUUAUGGUUUAUAUUAAUUUUUAGUUUUAUGAGAUUAAAAUAUUUAAAUAUUGAUUGUAGGGGGGUGAGGGAGUUUUAUUUUUCUUUAGAUAAGGUAUCGAUGAUUUUGGUAUUAUUAAGAUUUUGAACAAGUAGUUUAAUAUUAUUAUCUAGUUAUAAAUCAGUAAAAAGGAUUAAUAAUAAGGUGAGAUUUUUUUCUUUUUGUGUAUUAUUACUAUGUUUUGUAGUAAUUGUGUUUUUUUUGGUAGAAAAUUUAAUUAUAUUUUAUUUAUUUUUCGAGGUUUCAUUAAUUCCUACAUUGUUGUUGAUUUUAAGUUGGGGCUAUCAACCUGAGCGUUUACAAGCUGGGAUAUAUAUAAUAUUAUAUACAGUAAGUGCUUCUUUACCUUUAUUAUUGUGUUUAUUAUUGUGGGGAUAUCAAGAAGGAUCAUAUAGAAUAGAUUUAAUUAAAUUGUUGUUUAUUAAUGAUAUUAGGUUAUAUUGAGUUAUUGGUUUAUUAUUAGCUUUUUUGGUAAAAUUACCAAUUUAUUUUUUUCAUUUGUGAUUACCUAAAGCUCAUGUAGAGGCUCCUAUUUCUGGGUCUAUAAUUUUGGCAAGUGUAUUAUUGAAAUUAGGUGGGUAUGGAAUUAUACGAUUUAUGGGGUUAUUUAAGUUUUUAGGUGGUAGUCAUAUAGUAUUAUUGGUUGUUAUUUGUUUAUGGGGAGGUUUAUUAACUUCUGUUAUUUGUGUUGGUCAGAGGGAUAUAAAAAGAUUGAUUGCUUAUUCUUCUAUUGGUCAUAUGGGGGUAAUAUUAGCGGGGAUAAUUAGAGGGUUUAUUAUUGGUUGAGAGGGGGCUAUUUUGAUGAUAGUUUGUCAUGGAUUAUGUUCUUCGGGUUUAUUUUGUUUAGGAAACUUAAUUUAUGAAAAGAUUAAUAGACGAAGAUUAUUUUUAUGUGGAGGAAUAAUUAAUUAUAAUCCUAUGAUGAGUUUAUUAAUGUUUUUAUUAUGUAUUUGUAAUAUAGGAGCUCCUCCAUUUAUCAAUUUGGUUAGUGAAAUUAUGUUAUAUAUUUCUAUAUAUAUAUAUAGAUUAUAUUUAUUAUUUUUUGUGUUAAUAAUAGUAUUUAUGGGAGGAUUAUAUAAUUUGGUUUUUUAUGUUACGGUAGAUCAUGGUCAGAUGAUAAGAUUUAUAAAAGUUUUAAAUGUUAAUAAAAGGAAUGAAAAUUUAUUGUUAGUAUUACAUAUUAUUCCUUUAUUAAUAUUUAUUUUGAAUAUUGGAUAUAUUAGAGGUAUUGAUUUUUAA